CAUUGUGCCUGAUUAGUGGAUUGUGGCAGAGUCGGCUGAGUUCUUAGAAUUCUGCUAUCACUGACAAUAAUUCUGCCUGGCUGGGGAAAACAGGAAGACUGAUGAGUGGUGCAAACUGGUGCGAACUGUGAUCUGUGACGAGAACCCCCGCGAACAAGAACCAGCUAAACAGAACUAGUCAAUUGUCAGCUGACCAGUUCUCUCGCCACGAAGCCUCGUCUACUUUCGACUGAGUCGAAUCGCCAAAAUAUUUCCCUAUCAUGUGCUUCUGAAGUUUUUGUCGUCUCGUGUUCGCGGGAUUUGUGUGCAGAAGAAUACAAGAGUGGAGACAUGUGCGCGAUUAAGUUGAAGUCGUCCAAGUGCUGAGCUCCUCCCUACGAUGCAGUCCAUUUAUUGGACUGGGAGGCUGCUCUCUCGUGCGCUUUGGAACGGGAUUUCGAAUUAUUCGGCAACUGCUGAACAGAGUGUUUCCAAACGUCGCGAGGCGUCCCUCGUUUCAGCGGUAUGCGGGUUCCCGAAGGACUUUGCCCGCGGUCGUCUACGCAAAGGACAAUUUGGCGAUGACGCCUGGUUUAGUGCUAAAUUCAAGGCUGUGGAAGUCAUUGGCGUAGCCGAUGGCGUUGGUGGCUGGAUCCACUACGGAAUAGAUCCAGGGGAGUUUUCGAGUUUUCUGAUGCGGACGUGUGAGAGGCUAGUCUCUAUGGGAAGGUUUAGUCCUACAGAACCAGCAGGUUUAUUAGCACGCAGUUACUACGAAUUACUUGAAAAUAAGCAGCCUAUAUUAGGUAGCAGUACUGCAUGCGUGAUCGUUUUGAACAAAGAAACGAGCAGCAUUUAUGCAGCUAACAUAGGAGAUAGCGGUUUUGUAGUUGUACGAAGAGGAGAAGUGGUGCACCGUUCAUCUGAACAACAGCACUAUUUCAACACACCCUUUCAAUUAUCCCUUCCGCCUCCUGGACACUCUGGACAAGUGCUCAGUGAUAGUCCAGAUUCAGCCGAUACUUCAAGCUUUGGCGUUGAAGAUGGCGACGUGAUACUUCUGGCGACAGAUGGGGUGUUUGACAAUGUGCCUGACCAGUUGCUAGUCACCGAGAUGCGUAAAAUCGAAGGCGAACGAGAUCCUUGUAAAAUACAAGGGGUCGCGAAUACAAUUGCCUGGAUGGCGCGCAGUCUCGCUUUUGACGGAGCUUUUAUGUCUCCGUUUGCCCAAAAUGCUAGAGAAAAUGGAAUAGAUGCCAUUGGUGGAAAACCGGACGACAUUACGGUGCUGUUGGCCACAGUGGCAAUUUGAAGAAGACGAGUCGUGUAUAAUAGAGCCUCGAUCAUUGUAUUAUAGUCCAUGUCAUUGCAUAUAUGAUUACACAUCAUUGUAAGCCGCGCGCGGUUUAUCGUUUACUAUUUAAAGUUAAAUGAAUGGUUUAAAAAAAUGCACACUAUUCUGCCACAUUCUCCCAGGAAAGUGACUGGCGUUGCUUUUCAAAAAUAAUAAAUAAAUAAAAUGUGAGGCGGGCAGAACAAAGGAAAAAAGACUCAAAUCGUUGUAUUUAAAAUUUGUUGUUUGCAAGGCAUGGAGAGCGUAGUGGUGCGACUUUUGCAUCUCGUCGUAGGUUACGUAUAUAGGUUGUUAUUAGGAGAACAAAUUUCAAAGCGAUACACAAUGAACUGAAGAGAAAGCAAGGUGAGAAAUAAAAAUAGUUAUUAUCAUACAA